AUGCUGCAGCUCGAACCCACGCAGCAGCAGCUGCACGGCCAGCUGCAGGAGCAGCAGCAGCAGCCGCAGCACGCUGGGACGCAGCAGCAGCAGCAGCACGAGCUCGCCGCACACCCCCCGGUGCCCCGCAGGCCCCCCCUCACCCGCCGCAGCAGCAAAAGUGGGCCCCUCAAGCUGCUGCUGCUGCAGGCCGUUGGCUCUGCCGUUGCGCUGCUGCUGGCAGUUCAUUACUGCAGGCUGAGGGGCCCCUGGGGCCCCCGGGGGCCCCCAGGGUCACCUGGCAGCAGCAGCAGCAGCAGCUGGGUGCGGCGGCUCUCGAGUGGCAGCUACGAAGAGCCCAGCAGCUCGGGACUUUGCGAGCUGCUGGACGAGAUCGAUCCAGCAGCAUCGCCUGCUGCAGCAGCAGCAGCAGACGAGGAGGAAGCAGCAGCAGCAGCAGCGGCGGGAUGGAGGCCCCACGAUUUCGGUGCGCAGCAGCAGCAGCAGCAGCAGCAGCAGAACGUACAGAACGCUGCUCAGCAGCAGCUAGACGCACCAGGCUCCUCGGGCGUCCAGACCCCGCACUCCACUACAGCAGCAGCAGCUGCUGCUGCUGCUGCUGGUCCCAGCGACAGCACGGAGCAGGAACCCUGGGUGGAAGAUCCGCUGGAGGAUUUAGAUGCGCUAAUUGAUGCUGCUGUUGCUGCAGUGGGGAUCGGGCCGUUUGCUGCUGCUGCUGCAGCUGCUGCUGAGUCUGAGGGUGCUUCUGGGGAGGAGUUCGGGGCAACAGCAGCAGCAGCCACAGCAGCAGCCACAGCAGCAGCAGCAGCAACGCCAAGCAGACCCAUAUCGGCCUAUGAAGAAGCAGUGCUUUCAAUUCUAUUUCAACAAGCUGCAGAAGAAGCCCAAAAGGGAGAGUGGGACCCCCAGACUGCAGUGAGCAGCAGCAGCAGCAGCAGCAACGUCAGCAGCAGCAACAUGGGCACCAGCAGCAUCAGCAGCAGCAACAUGAGCAGCACCGGUAACGUCAGCAGCAGCAACGUGGGCAGCGCCGGCAACGUCAGCAGCAGCAACGUCAGCAGCAGCAACGUCAGCAGCAGCAGCAUGGGCAGCAGCGGCAACAUGAGCAGCAGCAACAUGGGCAGCUUCGGCAACGUCAGCAGCAGCAACAUGGGCAGCAACGGCAACGUCAGCAGCAGCGGCAUGGGCAGCAGCAGCAGCAUGGCCAGCAUUAGCAGCACGAGCAGCAGCUGCAGCGCGGCGCCGCCUGCUGCUGCGCAGGGCUGGGCUUCGGAGGGCGCGUCUGUGGACUCCCAGCUUGCUGCUGCUCCUGCUGCUUCAGAAGCAGCAGCAGCAGCAGUGCUGCAGGAAGCAGCAGGAAGAGUCGCGCUGCCAGUGCUGCAGGCAGAGUUUGUCGAAGGGUUCUUUGAAGCUGUAACAGGGCCUGGGGCUUGGGGAAGCAAUGUGGGAGCAGCAGCAGGCGGAGCAGCAGCAGGCGGAGCAGCAGCAGCACCACCACCGCCACCCCCGUACGGGCAGCAGCCAGUGCAGCAGCCAGUGCAGCAGCCCGCCAUGCACCCGCACCUGCAGCAGCAGCAGCAGCAGCAGCAGCCCCUGCUACACCAGCAGCCCCUGCGGCAGCAGCAGCAGCUGCUGCUGCAGCAGCAGCAGCCGAUGCAUCCAAUGCGGGGGCAGGCGGAUCUGCUUGCGCAACCACUACGACUGCCACAGGUGCGGCAGCAGCAACCACAGCAGCAGCAGCAGCACCAGAUGCUGCUGCAGCAGCAAACAUUGUCUCAGAGGCAUCACCCCAUGCCGUUUCUGCAGGUGCCGCAGCAGCAGCUGCAGCAGCGAUCGCCGCAGCAGUCGCCGCAGCCCCUUCAGCGGCCAUCGCCGCGGCCUCAAACACCAAUGCAGCAGCAGCAGCAGCAAGACCUGCUACAAGUGCAGCAGAUGCAGCAGAUGCAGCAGCUUCAGCAGCAGCUGGUGCAGCUGCAGCAGCACCUGCAGCAAGGGAACCUAGGUGCUGUCACACCUCCCCAGCUGCAAACGCUGUCGGAUCUCGUGGGAAGUCUGAGAGAUUCUAUUCAGCAGCAGCAGCAGCAGCAGCAGCAGAUUCAUCAGCCAUUUCAGCCGCAGCAGCCGCAGCCAGGGCACCAGCAGCACCUGCUGCAGCAACAGCUGCAGCAGCAGCAGCUGCAGCAGCUGCAACAGCACCAGCUGCAUCAGCAGCAGCUGCAGCAGCAGCAGUUGCAGCAGCAGCAGCUGCAGCAGCAGCAGCUGCAGCAGCAGCAGCUGCAGCAGCAGCAGCUACAGCAGCAGCAGCUGCAGCAGCUGCAGCAGCAGCAGCUGCAGCAGCAGCAGCUGCAGCAGCAGCAGCUGCAGCAGCAGCAGCUGCAACAGCUGCGGCAGCAGCAGCUGCAGCAGCAGCAGCUGCAGUUGCAGCAGCAGCAGCUGACCCCCGAACAGCAGCAGCGGCAGCUGCUGCUGCAGCAAAACGUGCAGCCACACCAGCCGUUUCAGGCGGGGAUUCAUGGGGCAAGGGGCACGCUGGCCCUUUUGCCGCCGCAGCAGCAGCAGCAACUGCAGCAGCUAAGGGGGAUACAACAGGAACUGCAUGUGCACCUGGAGCUGCAGCCGCCUCUACAGAAGCAGCAGCAGCAGUCCCAGACGCUGCAGGGGCCUCAGCCACAGCAGCAGCAACAAUUGCAGCAGCAACAAUUGCAGCAGCAGCAAUUGCAGCAGCAGCAAUUGCAGCAGCAACCACUGCCGCCACAGCAGCCCACGCAGCAGAUGAUCCAGCUCCAGCAACUGCAGCAGCAGCAGCAGCAGCCGCCGCCGAGGAUGCCGCAGCAGCAGCAGCAGCAGGUGGUGCUGAUGCCGCCGCUAGUGCAGCAGCAGCCAGCGCCGCCCCACACGUGGCUGCCACGGCCGCCGCAGCAGCGGUCGAAGCUAAAGGUAGAUUUGCGGCUUCCCACGGGCCCGGAUCUACGGCAUCAGCUGCAUGAGCAGCUGCAGCAGCAGCUGCAGCAGCGGCUGCAUCCCCUUGUGCUGCAGCAGCUGGAGGACCAGCGCAGACCCGCGGAAGGCAUCCUCCCCCUCGAGCUGCAGCGACACGGAGCAGCAGAAGUCAGCACGGGAGUGGCCACCAAACUCAGCCCCGUCCGCUACUUGCUGCAGAAGGAGUGGCUCAGCCCCAGGGAGCAGCAGUACCUCGUGCGCCUCGGCGAGACGCUGCUGCGCUACGCCCAGCGCUUCCUUGCUGCUGAGCUGCGGGUGCGCUUCCAGGGCUACGCGCUGCUGCCGCUGGCGCGGCGGUUUCUGAUAGCGGACUACCUGUGGAGCAUUUGCCAGGUGGUGGGGCCUCCGAUGCAGCAGCAGCUGUGGUGGGGCCCGCUGCUGCAGCAGAUGGCCGCUGCGCCGCUGCUGCUGCUCCGCGCCGAGGCCCGCCGCCCCGGCACCCUCAAGCCCGUCAUUCUGAAGCUCCUCGCUGCGCUCCAGGUCUACAAGGCUGGCAGCAGGCCUCCUCCCAAGGAGGUUGUCGAGCUCAAGAGGCUUCUCUUCAGAAAGCCCUGCCUCAACAUGUACUUCCGCAGGGCCACCUGGGACCCCUGGCGCCUCGACGACGAGCUCUUCAUGCAGCAGCAGAAGCAGCGCAAGCUCCAGCCCCCCGCCACCUAG